AUUCCGUUCCGAUGUGCGUAAAGAAAAGACCUUACGUCACGUGACCACCUUUUACUCCCAAACCCAUCAUUUGAGAAUAACGUAACAUAUUUCUGUCUGAGCAGCGCCAGAUCUGGCCGUUUCCUCCAAUGUGUUUGAAUGCAGAUUAAUCCAGGAUGCUAUUUAAACAAACGGAGGGAUUCUAGCGACAUUCUCGGACUAAACUGGAGUUUGGUUUUGAAGGCAGCUGAGAUUGAAGACUGUGUGCCUGCUUUUUGCAAGUGGAGGAAAAUACUGAACGGUCAUCAUGGCAGAAAACAACUUCCCUCCCCUGCCUCGAUUCAUCCCUCUCAAGCCAUGUUUUUACCAAGACUUCAAUGAGAUCCCAGACCAGCAUCGCACAAUGUGCAAGAAGAUCUACUACCUAUGGAUCUUGAAUAGUGCCACACUGGCUGUUAAUCUGAUUGGCUGUCUGGCGUGGAUGUGUGGAGGUGGCGGGGUGACCAACUUCGGCAUGGCCUUCCUGUGGCUCAUCCUCUUCACCCCCUGCUCCUACGUGUGCUGGUUCAGGCCCAUCUACAAGGCCUUCAAGACCGACAGCUCUUUCAACUUUAUGGCUUUCUUCUUCGUCUUCAUGGCCCAGGUGGUGAUCAGUAUUAUCCAGAGUGUUGGCAUUCCAGGCUGGGGAGUGUGUGGCUGGCUAGCUACCAUCAGUUUCUUCAGCACCAACAUUGGCUCCGCUGUGGUCAUGCUGAUUCCCACCAUCAUGUUUACUGCGGUGGCUGUACUGUCCUUCACCGCCCUCGCAAAGGUUCAUAACUUAUACCGUGGCAGUGGUGGCAGCAUGGGUAAAGCCCAGGAGGAGUGGGCCAGUGGGGCCUGGAAGAACCCCCACGUCCAGGAGGCAGCUCAGCAGGCGGCCAUGGGAGCUGCACAGGGAGCCAUGCAGCAAAACCAGUACUCAGCAGCUCCCACCUACAACUACGACGACCCGAUGUAGGGCAGAUGAGGGUGCCAGGCGGCUGAGUGGGAGAGAUAAAAAGGGAUCAAUUAAGAACACAAAUCAGAAUUAGGUGCCCUUCAUUACAACUCUGUACAAGCUGAAUUCAACCAGAACAAUGUAGAGAAAAGUCAUGUUUUUGGUGGAAGUGUACUUUUAUUGAAUUCUGACACACAUGGGAGUUAAUCAUUUAAGUCACUUCACAUCUAAAAUAACAGCCAGUUAUUUAAAAAGCUGUUUUUUUUUCUCUCUUAAACUGCUCAACUUUAGCUGGUCAAUGUGUGUGUAGCUUUCGAACGGAGACACAUAAUAUAGCUAAAGCCCAUCCUCUGAGCUUCAUACUUUUAUUCAGGUAGGUUCACCUGUGCACAGUGACUUCUCUGCCUAUGCCUGUGUCCCACUUUAAAACAUCUUUUAAUUACCGUUGUAAUGUUGUUGUUUUUUAAAUGUAAAGUAGUA